AUGUCUAAUGCGGCUGCCCUUGUGGCAAUUGACAUCAGGGCGUUUGUCUUAGGAACGUCUAAUGCAGCUACCCUUGUGGCAUCAGUUUCCUUUAAGCAGGGUUGUCCUUCUCAAUUGACAUCAGGGUGUUUGAGGUAUUGGUUGAACUUUUUGUCGAAUCGGGUAUUGGACUCACAUAGGAUUAUCUCCCCAGAACUUGAAUCACAGACGUCCUCUCCAACCAUCUCCUCGCCUUCUGUAUCUGAUCAUGGUUCACCAACCGUGUUGGCGUCCAUGCCCUUGUUCCGAGAUGGGCCUGCCCUUUGUACACUUUUCAGCAAUGCAGUCGCGAGAGGCCGAGAGUCGCAUUCUUCAUCUGAAGCAAUGAUAACGGAUCCAAAGUUGGGUCUCUGGCAAAUCACGUCUGAGAAACUCCUAGAGAUCGGUCAGAUGGAACCCGAGCGCUUCCAUGAAAUCCAGUCUCAUGUCCUUCCCCAAAAUGCGGCUUAUGAGUAUCCCACGAACAUUCCUCUUCAUCUGCCGCAAGAUAUCCAGAAGAUUAUUUAUGACAACUUGGCCCUUCCUGCAUUGCUCCGGUUGUCGAAGUGCUGCCGUUAUUUCUGUCAUGCAGUCAAUGCAUAUACUAUGGCACGAAUUGAGCGCAUUCUGACCUCAUUUUCCAUCAAUCCGCACAAGCUUCUGGAAGGCAUGGAAGUUUCAGGUGCAUUCAUUGGAGGGUCUGUCGCCCUUCUUGCCGUGCUUGCCAAUGUCGAUGGUUUUGCUCCAUACGAUCUCGACCUUUAUGUACCUGAAGCUCAUGCAGAUACCUUCACCCGGCGUAUUUUAUCAGGUUUCAAAUCUGUUGGUGGUCACUCGCCAGUCUACCAUCUGAAUCCCGCUAUCGCUCACGUUGAAUGGUACACCUCCAAUUUCCAUCCCCUCAUUCGUGUCAAUGUCAUCGCAACCAAGUCCGCAUCCCCCUUGGAGGCUCUAUUCCAUUCUGGCACAUCCAUUACUAUGAACGCUAUAACUGGCCGAGGAAUUUUCACAGCAUACGCUGAUCUGACACCCAGGAGAAUCAGCUUGCUACCAUCUGGUUUAUCCCUACCCACCACCAAAAUCUAUAAUGCUGUUAGAAGCAGAUCAGUUUUGCCUCACAGUGAGGCAUAUACCAUCCUUGCUAACUUCGGUAUUUCGGUACCAGUUCCAGCAUUGCCUCGGGAGUUGUUGGAGCUUCUUGUCAAAAAGUAUAAGGCGAGAGUCGGUGUUACCUUUGUUCGGGAGUUAACGUCCAUCAAGGACCACAUCUGUGGCGAGGAUCGGUCUUGCAGCUUUACCCUGCGAACUUCUGCUGAUCCCAGAUGCGCCUUCUUUCUGUUCAGACCAUUUUCGCCCCUUCCUACUUUGUCACCAACCAUGACCGUCACUCCCGUCAUGCCUGAAGUGGCAGAAAAUCCAAUCCGCUGGAGUGUCGUUACCCCAAUGCUCAUUUCAUGGUGUCUUGGUGGUUGUAAAUGUGCUGGUAAUGGCAUUAGGCUCCCGAGGGUGGUGUCCAGUGUUCCCACCAAUUAUGUAUCAUAG